AUGGUCAAAUCAAAACUGCCAAAUUCGGUGCUUGGAAAGAUUUGGAAAUUGGCCGAUGUCGACAGAGACGGACAAUUGGAUGCGGACGAGUUUGCUCUUGCAAACUAUUUGAUCAACCUCAAACUCGAAGGCCAUGAGCUGCCGGUCGAACUGCCUAAGCAUCUGGUUCCACCGUCAAAACGCGAAAUGGAGCCGGUCUACCCGAAAUUGGAUGACGAGUAA